CGUAUGGAAGGAAAUUCAGCAAAAAAAAAGCAAAGAAGUCACAUUUGAAAAAUAAGAACCAGCAUGUUCAAAAGGAAAAACCAUGUAAGCAGUUAAAAAAUGAUGAAGCCUCUAAAAUAGACUCAAGAGAUAAGACUGGGCUAUCAUUAAGCAAAGGUAUAGAUGCCAUGUCUAGGACUACUUCUGCGGCACCAGAAAGCGUCAGCAACUUUCUACUUGGAAGUUAUCCUAGUAUCAAUCGUGGAGAGGGUCAAAAUGGUAGAAAAGACAUUCACUUGCAAGCAAGUAAUAUUUCAAGAAUCCAAAAAUAGCUACAAGAAGUUAACUGGUGAGCCUAGACCUAAGGCUGAUGCUGUCUUGACUAAUCAAGUAAAGAAGAGAGAUAGAAAAACUGACCCUUCUGAGGCUUCUCCUAGCAUGGCUGAGGAAACAUCUCAAAGUGGCAGGUUAAAAAGUUAUACCUCAGAAAGUAAGCAGAAAUGCUUCGCAAUCUUAAGAGUAAGAGCCCAUUAUUACAAGCUAAUAAUGGCUCCUGGACUUGAAGAAAUGAUCACUGAGAGAGUAGAAUCAUGACUCGAGCUCCAGAGUGAUGAUAGAAUGAGUAAUCCAAGAUAUUUCCCUUAUGGUAAAAACUAUACAGGGCGUAUUAAGAUUCGAGAUCAAGCACCAAUCUCUUGUUUGGGUAUCAAAAUUACUUCAAACACCAUUGAGAACACUAUCUCAUUUGUUACUGAGAAAGCAUGCAAAUUUAAGACAAGAGAAUUGGAAAGAUUCAUUGGAUCAUUGAGAUUAUCUUUGGACGGAUUCCAGUCAGAAUUGCAUCUUUACGAAUCUGCUCUUGAAAAGGGGAUCCCUCAUUUAUGGUUCAACAUUGAUCAUCUGGGAAGGGUUUCAGAUGCGGUCAGCCAAAAGCGUCAAGACAUUUUGAAUAAAGAUAAGCCAGAAGCGCCAAAACAAACAUUGCCUCCUUCAGCAAUGGCUUACUCGUCUCUACAGAAUUUUUGAGGUGGAGGUGGUAUGUUAGGCUCAGGUGCCAUUCCUUUAGGAUCUUGUACGAGUCUUCCUAACAUGACACUGCCUACUACACCUCUUGUCAACUCAGAUUUCACGGAUUCAGAUUCAGACGAGAAAUAUAUAUUUAGUGGGAAAACUUACUGCUACAAAAAAUACAGGAAAAAGAUGAUUAAAAGUUAUUUAACGAAGGAAAUACUAAAAUCACAGAUUCGUUUAAAGCCAUCCUUCAAAGAUAUGGUUCAGAACUGUCCUGAGAGCUGGACUAAUGCCCAUUUAUUAGGCUUCAAAACAAGUAUGUACUACACCAUAGACCUGGAUCUUACGAGCAGAGAGGCUCACAAAAUCAUAAGAGAGGUUAAUAGAGGGUCAGAAAGUAUCAAGUUAGAUAUUAUUAAAAUUGAGAAAAUUCAUAACUUACUUGCCUUUGAUAAGUACCAACAACAGAAAGCCUUAUUAGAACUGAAGUACCCUGAGGAUAAGGAGAUAGAGAAAUACCUUUUCCAUGGCACAAAGAACAAUGACCCUGAGUUAAUAAUGAGCUCAGAGGUAGGGUUUGAUGUCAGAUACUCCGACAAUGGAUCUUUGGGAAGAGGCACUUAUUUCUCCAGCACUUUCAUGCAUUCUCAUGGGUGUGCUUAUAAAGAUCAAAUUCGAGAUAAGACAUACCAUCAAGUCUUCUUUGCAAGAGUCUUGACAGGGAAGCAAGCUACAAAUCAGCCUUCUAUACGUGGGGUAGAGCCUCCUAUUGACCCAAAGACUGGGUUAAAAUAUGACUCAAUGGCAUCAGAUAUUCAAAAUGGAAAACAACAUGUUGUUUAUGAGAAUGGAAGAAGCUACCCAGAAUAUUGCAUAACUUAUACUGUAGAUGAUCCUAACUGCACGGAUGAGGAUUAUUCCGGAUAUUUUAGUAAUGCUGGUAUUUACGCAACCUCACCCAUUUCUUCAGGUAUCCCAAGCAACACCUUUCCACCCUUCUCCAACCUUCAGUUCCUCACUAGACCUCCUCCAUUCUUACCACCUAGAUACCUCAACGAAAUUCAACCCCUAAAUCCUUUCCAGAAUUCUAACAGAAAUAGUUAA